AUGUGCGCGGCAAUAUUCACUGACGAACAGUACUCCGCUCAAAAGCUGCGGUGGCUGAUCAAAGACAUCAAGAAGACCCACCGACACGCCGGGGGCUGCGAGCCAUUCACUGGCAACAACAACAACAAAUGGGAAAACCUCAAGGUCGAUAUGAAUAUCUUGGGGGAGUGCUUUUGUGAACUUCAGUUUUUCAGCCGAUUCGAUCUGGAGCUGCAAAACCGGCGAGAUCUGCGCACCAUUGCGGAGCAGGCGGUCGAGGCCAUCCGCAGCACCAUUGCGGACAACUUGAUCAUGAAAGACGAAAUGACCCUCCUCCGCAAGCUUCCUGGAAGCCAUCUCAACUCUUUCCUCGAUGGAGAGGACGUGGACCUAUACCCCACUGAGGACCUUGGCCUCUCCGAUUUUGAGGUGUUCCUCCGCCCCGGAUGGAACCUCACAAGCAGCGACGGAAACGUCCCACACUUUGACUGUCCCGACAACGACUCUAGUGUGAUGGUCGUCGGGGGUACGGAGGACGACGAAGGCAUAUCGCCCGAGCUACAAGCAGAGCUCCAGGCGUUCCUCGGGGAUGGAGUGGAGCUUGAGGAGGACGAAGAAGGCGCACCGCCCGAGGUACAAGCAGAGCUUGAGGCAUUCCACGGGGCUGAGGAAAUCGUCCCUCGGGAGCUUGCGGAGGAGUUGGAGGCGUGGCUUGGACCGGAAGUAGAGGCAGAGGUGGAGAAAGAAAUCCCGAGGCACGUGCUCAACGAGCUAGAGGCGUUCCUCGGACCAGAGGUAGAUGAGGACAAAGAAGAGGUUUUUCCGGGGAUUGUGAAGGAGCUGGAGAGCUUUCUAGGCUCGGAAGUGGACGAGGUUUCGCGCGGGGAGCAGGAAGAGGUGCCACCAGAGGUUGUGGCAGAGUUGGAGGCAUUCCUGGGACCAGAGGUGGACGAGGUACCCAUCGAGCUCCAGGAGGAGUUGGAAGCCUUCCUUGGGCCAGAGGUUGACAUCACUGGGCAGGACAGCAUGCAGGAGCUGGAAGCUAACCUGUGGAACGUAGCUAUGGAGGACAAUAUGGUAGACAAAGCUACCCUCAAAGAGCUCAAAGACUUCCUCAGCAAGGAGGUAGAUGAAGAGGACAUGAUAGUAGACUAG